AAGACCGCCUUGAUGGCCUCCAACAUGCCACGUAAUUGCUGACAUCAGCCCGUAUAUAUUUUUUAAUAAAUAUAUAUAUACAUUUUUCAUUAUUUUUCAUUUCAUUUUCACAUUUUCAACCUCAAAAUCUGAUUCUCUCUCCUCCCUCAGAAUUCUGGAUAUGGCUCUCUCUCCUCCCUCAAAUUCUCUACCAAAUCUUCGCCGUCGCCGCCGCAGUCGGUCUUCGUCGCCGCCGUGUCAUCCUCGACGUUAUCGUCGCAAGAAUAGAAGAGAGGAAUGGAGAUGGAGGAGCACCGUGGGGAUGGGAGAAGAAGGGAGCUGUGGCGGCGAUUUACCUCGCAUUAGCGGCGGCCUGCAGCUGUGGUCUCGGCUUCGGCCUCGGCGUCAUCGGCGGUGGCUGCAACGCAAUGAGAAGCGGGGAGUAGAGCGUCGAAUGAAUGAGAAGAAGGAGAAGUCGAUAACGGUGGUAACGAAGGCCUUCUCUCGCCACCAAGGCCGUCCGCCUCAGCCACCGGAUUCUGCCUUCAAAACAGGAGGAGGAGGCUUUGCGGUGGUGGCGGUCUGGAUGAUGGUUGUGAUGUGUUGGUGCUGUGGUGUGAUGCCGAUUAUUGUGAUAGAAUCGCGUCACACUGUGGAUUCGUAGCUGGAAGCACUGGUGUUUUAGGUUUAGUUAAGAAUUGUAAUGUUUUAGUUACACUUUUUUUAUAUUUAGUUAAGAAUAAUUAUGUUUUAGUUUUAGUUAUAAUUCUGAAAUAAUGAUCUUCUCGGUGGAAUUGUUGGACAGAUUUUCUAUGUUUUAGUUAUGAAUUUUUAAGUUUUAGUCACGAUUUUUUUGGUUUUAGUGAAGGUUUUUUGAGUUUUAGUUACGUAUUUUUGAGUUUUCAUUCAGGGCUUUAGUUAUGAUUUUUCGAGUUUUAGUUAUGAUUUUACCAGUUUAAGUUACGAUUUUCUUGGUUUUAGUUAACAUUUUUUGAGUUUUAGUUAUGUAUUU